UCUGCCUGCCGCUUCAGUCUCUUGGUCCUCGCCACUUUUCCACAACAUUUGGUUCCCUGACCGGGAAACCCAACCACACUGGCCCCUUGCGCCACUGGUGUGGGGCGAGAGGCCGGCCGCGGAGUGACGGGGAACCUGAGAAGGGUGUAGGCGCACCCCGCCGAUUUUGCCAGACCCUGAACCGGGCCUUCCCCAGGUGACCACGGCCUGCGCCUCCCCAGCUGGACCCGCUGAGAGGGACCGGGGACGACCAGCCGGAUCCUCCCGUUGGACCAGGUCUCCAGAAUCACACCGUGGAUUCACCACUCCCGCGUCAAGCGAGCAGAGUCGGACCAGCCUGCCUAGACUUCUCAUCCAGUGCCCGACGAACCAUUGAAGAUUACAUUUAAGAAGACCGCCUAAAUAACAGUUCUCAUUUGUACCCUCCUUAACCAUUGUCACCCUCUGCCUGCUGACCCUUCUGGCCUCUUUUCUUCUUAUCUCUGUGACCCCGCCUGAUUGGACCUCCACCCAGAGGGGUCUCCUCCUGUUCGGAUUUCUGCUAUGGGUUUCUCCUCUGCUCAUGCUCACCUGCCUGUGGCCCUCUGGCUCUUAAGUUUACUUUGCCUUUCCCCCUUAAGUCUCUCCUCGAAAUGUCCCUGCUUCCGGGGGUCCGGAACAAGAGCCUACUUCCAAUUCUACACCCUUAUGCCCCAGGAAUGCUACCGGGGAACCACACCGACCACCUGCACAGAAUCUGGCCGCACCUAUUGGACCGCCACUCUGACUCAGACCUUCCAAUCCCCCUGCAAUUCCUUCCCCCGAGGGCCUGUCUGCUGGACCUACUUAGCCCAGGCCGGGUCCUCCGAUGGCGGUGGAGUCCAGGACACUGCCCUCCGCAACAUUGCGGCAACCCGGAUUGUUGCGAUAGCUCAGGCUACUCCGCCCCAUCCCCACUACCGUGGCCUCAACCUAACUUCCCUCCGCAGGGCCACACUCCCAGAUACCCAGGACCUUACCCGGCAGCUCAACACCUCCAUUAUCUCCGGCCCAAUCGGCGACCCCUAGCUCCUGCCUCGAACUUAAUCUGUUAUCUGCUCCCAGGCCGCGCACAGGUCCCUGACCCCCGCUGCUUUACCUUCACUAAGGCAGUACCCUACUGUCCCCCUCCUGGCAUUUUCCUCUCCUAUGAAGGGGGUUUACUUUUCAGAUGCUGAGGCGCCAGUGACACUGACACUGGCUGCAUCCUCACCUUUAUAUUCCCCUCUGCAUCCCUGUACACUGACUCGCAGUUCCAGUCUCGGAUUUCCCCUUCCCUUCGCACCCAUCAGGCGGCUUUCAUCCCUUUCCUCAUAGGUGCUGGCAUCUUUACAGGGGUCCCUGCUGGUGCUUCCGGCCUUGGGACUUCCAUCGACUUUUACUACAAACUUUCUCAAAAACUCAAUAAUAACAUAGAGUGGGUUGCAGACACACUCACGUCACUCCAGACCUAACUCUCCAGCUUGGCAGCAGUCGCGGUCUAGAACCCGCGAGCCCUAGACCUGCUCACGGCCAAAAAGGGUGGGACCUGUCUAUUCCUCCAAGAAGAAUGUUGCUACUACAUAAACCAGUCUGGGAUUGUCGCCACCAAUGUCCAUAAGCUCCGGGAUCACAUACAGCACCGCCGUGAGGAGCUCGCCUCCUGGGGGUUUGGCUCUCAGUCCUGGACUUCCUGGCUUCUCCCUUUGGCGGGUCCCUUACUCUCCAUUUUUCUCCUUGCUACCACCAGCCCAUGCAUCUUCAAUGCCCUUGUCUGCUUCAUUGAAAAUACCGUCUCCUGUCUGAGCACCGCCACAUCCUUGCCCUACGGGGCUAUCGCCUUCUCAGUUUAAAUGAUGAUCUUCAGGGUUCCCCUUCCAAUCAUCAACAGGGGGGACAUGUUGGGACGGUUUUUUUCCUGCGAGCACAGCCUUGGGAGCUUUUCGUCCCCCUCCCUCCUCCGAUAUCUUAUCAGAGCAGUUUUCCUGCAAGCACAGCAGUUAGAGGCUUUCCCGUCAAAACAGUAUUGAACGAUCACAGCUGUUAGGGACAGACCUCCCCGGCACCCCAGCCAGAUUUAUCCAAUCCCUAGUGCCGCAAUAGCAAUGGUG